AUGAGUUUCUUGGACGAAUUGCGCACGAAAAAACACACUUUGAGACCCACGACCACGAUUUUGACACAUUUGGACGGCAGGAAAUUUGAACAAAGUGGUGCAGAAAGCACACAAGUGGCCACAGCACAAUACGGAUUUAUCGUCGAUAAUAAACCAGAUAACGUCCCGGCAAAAAUCACCGAUUAUCUCUAUUUGGGAUCUCAGGAUUGUUGUGAUUCAACAGUUUUGCAAAAUUACCAAAUUGAAAACGUUCUGAGUGUCGGAAUUCAAGUCGAGUGUGACAGAAAUCAUAAAUACGUCGAGUGUUUGGAUUUACCGGAAACAGACUUGGGACAAGUUCUAGCGCAAAGUGUUAGUUUUAUCGAGAAUGCUGUGCAAAAACAGAGUAAUAUUCUAGUGCAUUGUAACGCCGGUGUGAGCCGAUCGGCCUCCAUUGUCAUAGGCCAGGAGUUGUAUUCGACCGAAUGA